GACACAGACGGCUCUGAUUAGAAGGAAAAAAAAUCCCACAGAAAACCCGCGUCGAGCUUCUUAAGAGGCGCCAUUUGCUCCUUCUCGCUCCUUCUCCUCCUCUCCUUCUUCCUUAUCAAUCCACCCUCUUCUCUCUCGUCUCUUUCCUCUUUGCCUCGACUGAUCGGAAAUACGUAAGGUCGGACCAUGGUGGACAACAAGAGCAAGACUGGGCCUGGCCCCGACACCAACGCGGUCCACGGUCAGACGACCGAGGCGGGUCCGUCGUCGUCGGCAACGUCGUCGCAGCCCAAGACGCCCUCUGCGCGCGAGCGGCUGGCCUCGCUGGCCUCGCACCUCCUGCCCCAGGGAAACACCGAGUUUGACUAUGUCAUCGUCGGUGGAGGCACCGCAGGCGCCGUCCUGGCCGAUCGUCUGACGCAGGACAAGGACGUGAGCGUCGCCGUCAUCGAAGGUGGCCCCAGCGACGUCGGCCUUGACAGGGUGCUCGACCUGAGCCGCUGGCUCGAGCUCCUGGGCUCGGACCUCGACUAUGACUACCCGACGACGGAGCAGCCGAUGGGCAACUCGCACAUCCGCCACAGCCGCGCAAAGGUCCUCGGCGGUUGCUCCUCGCACAACACCCUCAUCUCCUUUCGCCCCUUCAACGCCGACCUGGAUCUGUGGGCCGAUGGCUACGGCUGCCCCUCGUGGCGGUCCUCCGCGAUCCAGCCGUACGGCGAUCGUCUGAAGCUCAACAUUGUCCCUGUCGCUCCUCAGCAGCGCAACCAGGUGGCACGGGACUGGGUCCAGGCGUGCGAGACGGCGACGGGCGCACCCAUGAUUCGUGACUUCAACGCCCAGAUUGCCCACAACGGUGGCUUCCAGCAGGGCGUCGGCUUCUUCAACAUUGCAUACAACCCCUACGAUGGAUCGAGGAGCAGCGCCAGCGUCGCGUACCUGCAUCCCAUCAUGCCCCACGGCCCAUACAGGCGAAACAACCUGCACCUGUUCCUCGAGACGUGGGCCCAGCGCCUCACCUUUGACGAAAAGGACCCGCAGCGGGUCCGCGGCGUCGCCGUCCGCACCAAGCACGGCCUCGAAAAGACGCUGACUGCGCGCCGAGAGGUGCUCGUCUGCGCCGGUGCCGUCGACUCGCCACGGCUCCUUCUCCACUCGGGCAUUGGUCCCAAGGCCGACCUGGAGAAGGUCGGGCUGCCCUGCCGACACGACCUGCCCGGCGUGGGCGAGAAUCUGCACGACCACCCAGAGUCGAUUAUCAUCUGGGAGACCAAGGAGACACCGCCAGAGACGGUCAUGUCUUCCGAUGCCGGCCUCUUCCUCAAGGUGCUCCCCGAUAGCGCCGAGCCGUUCCCCAUGCCCAGCGUACCCGACCUCAUGUUCCACAUCUACCAGAUUCCCUUUACCGACAACACCAACCGGAUGGGCUACCCGCACCCGGACCACGCCAUCUGCAUGACGCCCAACAUCUGCCGCUCCCAGGCCCGCGGCAAGCUCUCGCUCGCCAGCUCCGACCCGGCCGUGAAGCCGCUGCUCAACUUUCGCUACUUUGAGGACAAGGACUCGUACGACGCAAAGAUUCUCGUCGAGGGCAUGAAGUGGGCCCGAAAGAUUGCACAGCAGUCGCCCUUCAAGGAGCACCUCGUCCGCGAGAUUGCGCCCGGCGCCCACAUCCAGACGGACGAGGACCUGAGCGAAUACGCGCGCAGGGCCGCUCACACCGUCUACCACCCGGCAGGAACCUGCAAGAUGGGCACGCCUGGCCGCGAUGCCCACGUCGUCGUCGAUGAGCGCGACCUCCGGGUCGUCGGCCUCAGGGGCAUCCGGGUCGUCGAUGCUUCCGUCAUGCCUAUUCUGCCCACCAUCAACCCCAUGCUCACUGUGCUCAUGGUCGCUGAGCGAGCCGCUGAUCUCAUUACUCAGGAUGCCUGGCAGAAGGGCAUUCGAAGAGCCCAGUGGGAAUAGUAGUUGCUUCUUCUUUGUACUCCAGUCGUAUAGAAUAGAUGCCGAAAAAGACACCUUGUUUGACAUCUGCAAUCUGCAGAACGAAAUCUUUGCU